AUAUGUGUGCUAAAACCAACAAAGUCCAUAUAUUACCUCAAAUUUUUAAGGGGGUAUAACACGUUUGCUGAGAUUGAAUUGUUCUCUUCUUCCAAACAUGGCUUCUUUUGCAAUUGAUGAAUUUGUUGGGAAUGGAGUCCUCAAAGAACUGCUUCCAAAGCUUUUGGAAGAAGGCUGGGAUGACGUGCCAACCUUGAAGAUCAUGAGCUUAGAAGAUAUGGAUGCAAUAAACAUGACACAACAUGAGAAGGAUGCACUGGAAAUCAGGUCUUAUCUUCACGACCGUUCUCUGAUGCAAUAUGCAGAUAAGCUUGAGUUAUCCAGGGCAUGUCUUCCAGAGCUUCUUAGUUUAAGCACAUCAGAUCUUUCUUCCCAGUUCGGUAUGAAGAGAGGCCAUAUCGCCCGUUUCAUGGAUAGAACUGGUCCAUGUACUGAUCCUAAACCCAGUUCACAUGCUCUCCCUCCAACAAGAGCAAACGGCACAGCCUUUAGAAACAACAGCAUGAAGAGUUUUGGGCAGGUCAAUUCUGAAAGGCUGAGAAGCAUAACAAGACCAAUGGCUCGAAACAGCAGUAAACAACUUGAACAAUCUUUGGCUGAUUUCAAGAUUGGAGAUGGAUACACCUUCAAAGGGAUUGUUUCUGCAGGGCCAGCUGAGAGUAGAGCAUGUGGUUGUGUGAAACCUCCUCCCGUCGUUGAACAAGUGGCUUCUUACUCUACUAUUGAAAACAUCUCCGUCCAAAAGUUGACUCCGGAGUACAAGAUUGGGAUGGAGCGUUUAGUGAAAUCCAAGUCACCUCCAAUGAAGGCAUCAGAUUUGUGGAGAGAUAAACCAGCUGUUCUCCUCUGCAUUAGACGUCCAGGGUGCAUUAUGUGUAGAGCUGAAGCUCACCAACUAUAUGCCAAAAAACCCCUAUUCGACGCACUGGGAGUUCAACUAUAUGCAGUUCUUCAUGAGUACAUAGAGUCAGAGGUGAAAGACUUCUGGCCCCGGUACUGGGGUGGUGUUGUAAUCCAUGAUCGGAAUAUGGAAUUCUUCAAAGCUCUUGGUGGGGGGGAACUGCUCAAAGAAAAGUUCAUAUCAGGUUUUAUUUUCAACCCCCGAGCCAUAGCAAAUUACAGGCGUGCAAAGGCUAUGGGGAUAAAGCAAAACUUCAAAGGAGAAGGUGAAAUCAAAGGUGGACUUUUUAUAGUAGGGGGUGGAAGGAGUGGUAUUGCAUAUCAGUUCAUUGAGAGGAAUUUUGGUGAUUGGGCACCUGCAGCUGAAAUCAUAGAGAUCUGUACUCAGCUACAGCUUUUCUUUCACUGGAUGCAGAAUCCACAUCAAGGUCAAGGGGACUCGAUCAAACCAUCAUAGUAAUAAAGUUGACGUUUGUUAUUUACUUUCCAAGAAUUCUUCACUCAGAUUCACAAAGCUUACGCUUCGAUUGACUUAUCAGCUUGAGUUGAGACUUGAGAGAAAUUCAAGUAUACUUAGAUGUUUCCUCGUCCUUUAUUCUCUGUUUUGUUCUGUCAGACUGGAUAUUAUAUAUUUUUAAUGAAAUUUCUCUUCUUUUUUA